UUGCAUUAUCCUUUGUGACUAAACGGCCAGCUCACACCGCAACCUGAAUGAUGUCAUCUGACGGCAGGCAACCAGUCUGAAGUGGAGAUGACAGCGAGUUUAGACUGAGGAAAUCUUGAGGAGAAAGAACUGAAGAAAUGCUUCCGACCGGGUGCCUGAAUGCUCUUGUACUCUGACCCCACCUGCCUUAUCUCUUAGGCAAAGAAGACUUUUGCCAAGUGACACACCUGGAGGGUUUUGCAAUGCAGGCGGUGGUUUGACAACAGGAAGGAUUAGGGAAAAAAAAGAAUCAAGUGUCCAAUGACACACACCCAGGCAGCAGUAUGAACACAGGCUGCUCAACGGAGGCUUCCCUGUAACAGCUCAACAAGUCCCUUCAUGUCAAGGACAAGUUUGUCAGGGUGUACAGGUAGACGCAACCUAGUUUCCUGACAGAGACGAGUGUGAGUGAGUGGGAUUCAAAUAUCCCGUAUUUGCUCAGCAGGACAGAUGGCAGUAUGCUCUUAAGCUUCACAACUUCCUAAAGAUUUAUUGUUGAUCAAAGCCGGAGAUACAAAAGGAUACAAAGACUUUUCGGGACCUAUAAAAUCGGAUACAUUUAAUUAUUUAAGUCUCUCUUAACCAUAUCUCCCACAAUGCCGCUGAGAACAUCAUUAUACAGAAAGCAAUCCUCUGCUCGUUGGCCCGGCAGGAACACCAAGCGCCGUGAGGUGCUGUCCGUCAACAUGAUCAGCCUACCGCUGGGUGAUUUCCGCCAUAUCACACAUAUUGGCAACGAUGCCCACACAGACAGCUUUGGGGACCUGUCCUUCCUAAAGAUGGGCCACAACCUGCUUCUUCAAAGCUCCCAGAGUGAACAGAACAUCUUCCUGGCCUGCUCUCCUCCGCCAAAGCCCCCUCGUCUCAACCUGGACGGGACAGACGGUUCGGAGAGCCCUAACUUUUCUGCUGGUCACCACCUCAGCUCCUCCCAGAGGAGGAAGAAAUGCAGCUCUAUGCCGCUGCUGGACAAUGAUGACGUCAAAGUAGACAUAGCAGAGAGGGAUGGGUGCCAAAGAGGGACAAAUGCCGCUUGCGGACCAGGUCGGGGUAGGGUUAAUUCCGACAAGGAUGUAGACGCCAAAGAUUUCUGUGAGAAAACUGCUGGAAAACAAAAGGAGGAGGACAGUGGCUUUUCUUUCAGCCUUGACUUGGGCCCGUCAAUCCUGGAUGACGUGUUACAGGUGAUGGACAAGCAGCACAAUUAGAAACCACUGUCACCAAGCAUCACAGGAGGGUUUAACGACAUGAAUGGAAUAUAAAGAGGAGAUCCAACUCAACUGGUUCUGGGGUACACGCCUCGGAAUUUAUGGACAAUGCAAUAUCCUAAAGAGAUGUUAUUGUUCACAUUCACUUGGAGAUGUAUUUCUGAUUUCAUUAUACUGAGGAACAAAAAAUAAGCUGUGGAGAGAACGGACAACAGCAGUGUUCUGAUGGAUAAACUAACACACUGGAAACACUGAUGGACAGGACAAAGAAUUCUGCCUUCUUUCACAUUUUAUUAAAACAUGUUAACUGUGGAUAAGAUCAUCACAGCAAAGUUAAUAUGAACACCUUUCUGUCAAAGGAACCAGAUAUGUGUGUAUCCGCUGCUGUCCAUAGGGUUUGUUCAAAAGUAAGCAUAAUUUGGAACAAAAGGUUAAACUAAAGAAAAGAAUAAGUUAAUGUUCUCCUUAGUUUCACCGCUUGCAGAGUUAGACACAAUAGUUAAGUUAAUAAUUAAACCCUGUCAGAUGAAAAUGUCCAACUCCAAGUUGGACAUUUUGACCUUCUUUUACUUCACUCCUUCCUUUGACUUUGUGUAAUCCCCUAAACCACACAGCACUGUGCUGAAAACGGCUGUUAAGACUUAAAGAGUGUUGUGUUUAAGAAAAGAAAAGCUGCGGCUACAUCCAAGGUC